ACUAUCAAAUAAACAAACGUCGCGCGCGCAAUUUCCUUCAUCGCGAUGUGUGGUCGCACGUGUUUAACACUUGACCCCAAGGAGCUGGAAUGCUGCUGCAAGUAUCGAAAAGCGGUCGACGGUAAACCGAAAACACCACGCUUCCGGAACGAGUACAACUGCGGCAAAAAAUACCAACCAUCGUACAACGUCGCACCGACCGAUGUGACCCCGGUCCUGGUGUCCGCCUUGCAUUUCGAUGAUGCGGCCGAUUCAGCGGAUCGUUUGCUGGUGCCCAUGAUGUGGGGUAUGGUGCCCCGAUGGCACAAAGGCGACUUUCGGAAGCACGGACUCACGACGAACAACUGCCGGCUGGAAGGGCUGGCAUUUUCCAAACUGUACGGUCCGCCGCUUGCUUCCGGCCAACGUUGUGUGAUACUGAGCGAGGGUUUCUACGAGUGGCAGACGGUAAAACCGCUGAAGGCCUCGGAACGGCCCGCUUUCUACGUGCACAUGCCUCAGGUAGACGAGAAGGUCAAGAUGAGCGACAAGAGUACCUGGAAGGUGGACAACGGAGAGUUUAGAUUGCUUCGUAUGGCCGGGCUGUUCGAUGUGUGGAACGAUGAAAACGGGGACAAACUUUACAGCUACACGGUGAUCACGUUCGAAACGAGCGGCAAGUUCGCCGAGGUCCAUCAUCGGUCGCCCGCGAUUCUCGAAACCGAGGAUCAGGUAACCGAUUGGCUCGACUACAAGCGAGUCCCUUCGGCCAGAGCGCUUAAUAUGCUGCAGCCUUGCCACAAUCUUCGUUGGUACCGUAUCUCCAAUAUUGUGAAUAAUUCACGCAACAAGUCGGAUCAAUGCAAUAAGCCGGUCGAGGACGUGAAACCAACUGCGGGGGGAUCUAAAUCCACGCCGAAGAGUAAGCUGAUGCAGUCCUGGUUGAUUGUAAAGAAGCGCAAACUGGAUGAGGACGAACCAAAGGAGGACGAUGCAGACAAACAAGCCAUUAAAUCGGAAUCUGAGUCGGAACCGGCGGAGAAAAAACCCAAACCGGAACCCGAUGCAUCGUGAAGCAAGCAUCUUGUUGAAACAUUUUGAAUUACUACUUCUGUGAAGUUCACUUGAAGGUGCGGAAAUAGAACCAC